UCCUACUAGGCAGAGGUUCUUCCGAGAAUCAUCAUCAAUGGCGAUACAUACACACACACACACACACACAAACGCUCUCUGCUCUCUAACAGACACCAGCGACUGAGAUAGAGAAAUGAGUAUUCAAAUUUGUAGUUUCCCGUUGCAUCCAAGGUUCUCGCUGCGAGCCUGCUCCCAAACCGCCGCGAGGUCUACACGAAUCUUCGCUCGUACGGAGAAUGAAUCGUCACGGUCUGAUCAGCAACAGCUCAAUCUCUCCGUCCUUCGCUUCACAUUCGGGAUUCCUGGGCUAGACGAAUCUUAUCUACCGAGGUGGAUCGGGUACGGGUUCGGAUCGCUUAUUCUUCUCAACCACUUCUCAGCUUCAGCUCCAAUCAGCGAAUCUCAGCUGAGAUCAGAGGCUUUAGGGUUAUCACUUGCUGCAUUCUCCAUAGCUUUACCUUACUUUGGCAAGUUCCUCAAGGGUUCUGAAGUAGAGAAGAGAAGCUUACCUGAUGAGGGAGAACAGGUUUUUGUCAUAUCAUCAAGUAUUGGAGACUCUUUGAAAGAGGAUUUGGCUUGGGCAACUUAUGUUUUGUUGAGGAAUACAAGUACCGUUGCUGUGAUGAUAUCGAUUCAAGGUGAGCUUUGUGUUCGCGGGUACUGGAACUGCCCUGGUCAAAUGCCAAAGGCUCAACUACAUGACUGGUUCAAGAGAAACGUUGAUGAAAUAGGCCUGGCUGAUGUUAAGGAGACCCUUUAUUUCCCUCAGUAUGCAGGUUCUGCAUUGUCGUGGGAUAUUCUUCCUGAUGGGACGCGUUCUGUUUUUGUGCAACCUCUCGUACAUAAUAUUGAUGAAUCGGAGAAAAUGGAUGGGUUUUUGCUGGUGGCUUCUACUGCUGGAUAUGCAUAUAGCGAUAAAGAUAGAGCCUGGAUUGGAGCCAUGGCUGAUAAAUUCAGAGGAUGAUCUAAUAAGCUUUCUCCGAUUAUUUGACCUCUUGCCUGGAGACAUGAGGAAUACAAAGCUCUGUCUAUGUAUAACAUAUGUGUCCGUGAUCUUAACUGAUCCAUCUUUGUUGUUCUUUUUGCCGGUUUUUUCUGCAAUCUUAUCUGCAGGCUAAGAUCAAGUGGAGGCACAAUAGUCGAUUCUCCGAAGAGCAUCUCCAUCUGUCUGGAUCUGAUCUAGAUGGAAAAAAAUGUAACCUC